GGCCCGAAAAGCUGCUAAUGUUCGACGAACUGAGCUCCGUUGUAGAGUAUCAAGUGGCAAAAAUAGUGAAGAUCGACGAAAUCGCGUGUUUUCAAAAUCAAACAUCGAACAGUCAAAAAUAGUAAAAAAACUGCUUCGAUCAAGCUCGUUACAAGUUGCACAAAAAUGAUGAAAUUUGUCGAAAAAUAACUGACGUUUUUCCUCAUGAAAAGAAAAUCGUCGAACGAAAUACACUUUCUCAUUCUCAAAUGGGCUUUUCAUACUUAUGUCAGUGUCUUAAGUUCUGAGAACGUUCCAAUGAAAAUUAAGCACCGAUAAAUACGAGCGUACACACGUGUCUAUGGAUCUCCGACAGCUCUGCGGAUUUUAUUGACAAACAUCGCUCGUCUCGAUUUGAGAGAAAAGUAUUAGUCGAGUAUAUUAGUGCACGGUUGGAGCAGGAAUUGCCGUAGUAGCGAAGCUCAUUCAUUAUUUUGGAAAAAUGGAAAAAAGCGGUUCAGCUAUUUGCCGGAAGAAAAUGCUGUGCGUCAACGUUGGGAUGUUUGCGGUCGUCGUAACGAUGGUUGCCGGCCUGGCGAUCGGUCUCAACGUCAAUCGCUCUUUCAGGGGAAGGCACGCUCUUGAUUACGCCCCGUUGAUCGACGGACACAAUGACCUGCCGUUCAAUAUCUACGAAAAACUCAACAACAAACUCGAGGACUUUCCCUUCGAAAAAAACCUCACGGACGAUCCCACCUGGGGCAGAUCCGGAUGUCGCAGCUGUUUUACCGAUUUGCCUCGCCUCGUAGCUGGAAAAGUCGGCGGCCAGUUUUGGGUCGCCUACACCGACUGCAAGUCCCAGUACAAGGACUCGGUGCAGCUGACUCUCAGGCAAAUCGACGUUAUAAAAAGGCUCGUUAAAAAGUAUCCGGAGCAUUUGGAAUUGGUGACGAGCGCUUCUGAGAUCGAGCCUGCCUGGCACAGCGGAAAAAUAGCAUCGAUGAUCGCUGUCGAGGGUGGUCACUCCAUGGACUCGAGCUUAGCGGUUUUGAGGCUUUAUCACGAGCUCGGAGUGCGCUACAUGACCCUCACACACGUUUGCAAUACUCCGUGGGCCGAUGCGUCCCCUGUCGAGGACAAACCGGUUUACAGACUCACGGAAUUCGGAAGGGCGGUGGUCCUGGAGAUGAAUCGCUUGGGAAUCAUGGUCGACCUUUCCCACGUUUCCCACGACGUUAUGAGGGAUGUUUUGCAAGUGUCGAAAGCCCCGGUCAUAUUUUCCCAUUCCUCAGCUUUCUCUCUCUGCAGGAACUAUCGAAACGUCCCGGACGACGUUCUUUUUUCACUCAAACGCAACCAAGGAGUGGUCAUGGUGAAUUUCUAUUCCGGUUUCGUGAAUUGCGACAAAACCCGAAACGCCACGUUGCAAGAUGUCGCUGAUCACAUCAACUACAUUAAAAACUUGAUCGGUGUCGAGCACGUUGGAAUCGGGGCAGAUUACGACGGUGUAGAUUCACUUCCACGAGGUUUGGAGGACGUUUCCAAGUUUCCCGAUCUCUUUGAUCACCUCUACGAUAAUCGGAAUAACGAGACAUCCUGGACGAGGACAGAACUCGAACAAUUAGCUGGACGAAACUUGAUCAGAGUGUUCUCAGCCGUCGAACGUGUCCGGAACUCACUGGUCUCGGAAUCUCCGAGAGAAGACAUAAUCAGCGGUACGGAACUGCAACAAGCUCAAGCAAAGGCUGGCCUCAAUCCUGGAAAAUGUCAAUCCGCGAUUGAGUGGAACAACUUGUUCAAAAAUUCUUACGAGUCGAGGGUCGUCGAGGCUGAAGACGCAACGCCAUGAAACGAGUCGACGAAACCUGCGUCGAUCACACGAACAAAAUAAAAUAUUAAUUUGAGCUAAAAUUGAAGCGCGAAAACUCGAAUUUCGGGAACACUCGAUGCGCUCGCACAAUCCCCGCAAACUCUUCAAAGUUUCCUCACAUUUUCAAUAUUUGUAUUUGAGUGAAUAAAAAUCCUGCAAAAUGGAA